AUUGGUAGAAAUGUUUACUUUUGUUAUCGUAAAUAUAAGUCUUAGAUUCUUUAUACUCGAUCAAUUUAUCUACAACAUGGUUCUUAGGACUUUUUGUAUCGUUUAUUUUGAAAAUCGAAAUAAAAAAAAAUUUAGAAAGUUAACUUAAUUGUUAAUUAUCAAAAAAACAAAAAAUUUAUAAAAUGAAAAACGAGUUCAAACGUUUUCAAAGAAAUUGGGUACGAACUCCUUCAAACACAGCAAAGCCUUUGAUUUAUAUUUUAACACAAAAGAAAAUAUUUUUAGCUUUGAUACUUACUAGCGUAUUUUGGAUUUCAUUGGAUUUUUUGUUUUUGCUUCAUAAACAAGCUCCCAUUGUUGAUGUUGAUGUGUUCGUGAUAAAUCGACAAAAGAAAGAAAAACCAUACACAUUUAUUCCUCCGCAAAGACCAAAAGAUUUUCCCUUAACAAUAUUGAAAAAAAUUAUUAUAAAUGAAACAGAGAAAGAAAAAGAGAAAAUUCGUAAAUCUAGGCUAGGUCAAUUGGGAAUUGAACUUUAUCCAGAACUUAUUGACCCUCUAUUAGGUGCAGGUGGUUACCCCGCAAUUCUUCCAGAUAACUUAAAAAGUCAAUCAAAAAACUUAUUUAAAAACCAUUCAUUUGAUUCUUUACUCAGUGAUAGGAUAUCUUUAAACCGUCGAUUAGGAAACGUGAAAGGAGAUCUUUGCAGUAGCAAGCAGUAUCCUGCGGAACUGCCAAAUACAAGUGUUAUUAUUUGCUUUCACAAUGAAGCUACAAGCGCUCUUCUGCGUACUGUCCACAGCGUGAUUAAUGAGACUCCACCAAAUAUCUUGUCCAAUAUUGUUCUUGUAGAUGAUGCAAGUGUUGGAGCAGCUUUAAAAAAACCUUUGCGAAAUUAUAUAAAUGAACUUAACAGAAAACUUGGAGAAGAAAUGGUCAUACUAUACCGAAAUGCUAAGAGACAAGGUUUAGUCAGAUCUCGUUUAAAAGGAGCAGAACUAGCAUCAGGUACGGUUCUUACCUUUUUAGAUUCUCAUUGCGAAGCAACUGAAGGUUGGGUAGAACCAUUGUUGUUCAGAAUAAAGGAAGAUAAAAGAAAUGUUGUGUGCCCAGUGAUUGAGGUUAUAGAUGCUGUCGAUUUAUCCUACAAAAAAACAGAACUUGAUCGCAUUACUCAAGUUGGAGGAUUUACGUGGGAUUUGUUCUUUAACUGGAAAGAAAUAACGGAGGAUGAAAAACGUUUACGAGCAGAUGGAACUCAACCAUUAAAGUCUCCUACAAUGGCUGGAGGGCUUUUUGCAAUUGAUAAAUCAUAUUUUUAUGAGAUUGGUAGUUAUGAUAACCAAAUGGAAAUAUGGGGUGGAGAAAACUUAGAAAUGUCGUUUCGGAUUUGGAUGUGUGGUGGAAAACUUGAAAUAAUACCUUGCUCGCGGGUUGGUCAUAUAUUUCGAAAAGAAAAUUCUCCCUAUUCUUUCCCGAAUGGAGUUUCUAAAACACUAGCUAAAAAUUUCAACCGACUUGCUGAAGUGUGGAUGGACGAGUAUAAAGAAUUAUACUACAGACGAAAACCACCAGAAGAUAAGUUAGUAAAAUAUGGAGAUAUCAGUGAAAGAGUCGAGUUACGAAAAAAACUAGGAUGUAAAUCUUUUAAGUGGUAUAUUGACAACGUUAUUCCAGAUAUGAUUGGCGCAGAUCCCAAUCCGCCAGCUCACGGAGAGGUUCGUAACGUUGCUAGCAAUAUGUGUCUUGACUCAAUGGGUAACAAAGGAAAUAGAGCACAAAUUAAAGUUUUCCCUUGUCACAGACUAGGUGGCAAUCAGUUUUUUGUACUAAGUAAACGUGGAGAGAUAAUACAUAAUGAUGAAAGUUGUCUCGAUUAUUCAUUGGAAAACGAAGAAAACAAAGUAGAUAUGUGGAAUUGUCACGGAUUGGGUGGAAAUCAAGAAUGGAUAUACACUAAAGAUGGCCGUAUCCAGCAUGUAAUUUCUUCCAAAUGUUUAGCAAUACUCAAUGAUGAUCUAACAGUUCAAGAUUGUGAUAAGCAAAAUAUAAAUCAAAUCUGGAGUUUUGGAAGUUAUGGAAAAAUGACUUGGUAAGAGACCUGCUUUCUUUUAUUGCUGUUUGCAAUAAUAGAAAUAAACUAUGAACAAGUUUGAUGAGAACACGCUGAGAAUUUGAAAAAUUCUCUUAUGCAGCAAAAUCAGAAACGUAAAUAAAAUGUACUAUUCAGGACACUGGAUACAUAAACGUUUUGAAGAAGCGUUGCUAUCACAAUCGUUAUCAUCGUAUUUUCUUUUGUUGUCAUCUCGUUCAAUAGAAUUAUUGUGCAACAAAUCCAAAGUUUUCAAGUACUGUUCGUGACUAAGCAGACCUGAACACAACUCAUUUGCCGAACAAAAUUUGUGAAGCAAAAUGCAAAUGUAGCCUUCAGUUUCACGCUGAAAAAUAAAGUUUAAUCGCAAAAUUAUAACAUUUUAUUAUAUAUAAAUAUUAUAAUAAAUAAUUUGAAAAUUGUUAAUACAUCAAAUAUUAUAAAAGUAUGCGUUGAUGCCGUCGAAAAAUAUUUUGAGAUUUUAAACAUUUAAUAAAAGAAAAAUAUUUUUAAAAUUAAUUUAAUUUUUUAAAUUUUAAACUAUUACUUUUCUUUUGAAUUUCAUUUUUUUUUUUUUUACAAUUGAGCAAUUGUAGUCAUUUUUAAACCAUCACAAAGUAAUUACAUUAAUACAAAA